AUUUAAGCGCAAAAGUCACCAUGCCCUUCCUCUCCGUAGCAGCUCUGGAGAGGAGCACAUGACGUUUCCUUUCCUGUAGAAACGCGUCUCCUGACGGGGCUGAGGAUCAGCCCCUCACUGCGGGACCUAAGCAUUCAGUCUUUUGAAAGACGAUUUAUCUCGAUCAUCUGCUGGGUAGGCACCUAUCUUUCACAAGGCCGAAUAAAAUGACCUCUGAGGUCCCUAUGUAGCUCGUACAUGGCCUGCAAGUGAGUGAGGGGCGGCGAGUCCGGCACUGAGGGGAAGGCAGCCUCGGCUGAGCACUGGAACGCGGGUAAGUGGUUAAAAAUGUCUGUGGGUCUGCCCGGGGGCGGUCCGGGGCAGGCGGAGGAGGGGCUGAUCCCCGCCGGCCCCGCCGCUCACACCGCCCCUCGCUCAAGUCCCGGCGGCUCCCGGCGGCUCCCGGCGGCGGCUCCCGGCGGCCGGUCGGACGGGGAGGGCGCCCAAGGGACAGUCAUCUCUUUGGAAAGAUGGUUCUUCAUUUCAACUCCCUUUUUGGCUUCCCUGUCAUACUCCUGUACCACUGGAUGGGUUCAACUGUGUCUUUGAAUCUGGAAGAUCCUAAUGUGUGUAGCCACUGGGAAAGUUACUCAGUUACAGUUCAAGAAUCAUAUCCACAUCCUUUUGAUCAGAUUUACUAUACCAGUUGUACUGACAUCCUAAACUGGUUCAAGUGCACGCGACACAGGAUCAGUUACCGUACUGCCUACAGACAUGGUGAGAAAACGAUGUACAGGCGCAAAUCCCAGUGCUGCCCUGGAUUCUAUGAAAGCAGGGAAAUGUGUGUCCCUCACUGUGCUGAUAAAUGUGUCCAUGGCCGUUGCAUUGCUCCCAACACCUGUCAGUGUGAGCCUGGCUGGGGGGGACCCAACUGCUCCAGUGCGUGCGACAGCGAGCACUGGGGACCCCACUGCAGCAGCCGCUGCCAGUGCAAGAACGGGGCUCUGUGCAACCCCAUCACCGGGGCCUGCCACUGCUCCGCGGGCUUCAAGGGCUGGCGCUGCGAGGAGCGCUGCGACCCCGGCUCCUACGGCAACGACUGCCACCAGAAGUGCCAGUGCCAGAACAAAGCCACCUGCGACCACGUCACCGGCGAGUGCAGGUGUCCCCCCGGAUACACCGGUGCCUUCUGUGAGGACCUGUGUCCCCCCGGGAAGCAUGGCCCACAGUGCGAGGAGAGGUGCCCGUGCCAGAAUGGAGGCGUCUGCCACCACAUCACCGGGGAGUGCUCCUGCCCGCCGGGAUGGAUGGGCAUGGUCUGUGGUCAGCCUUGUCCUGAGGGUCGUUAUGGGAAGAACUGCUCCCAGGAGUGCCAGUGCCACAAUGGAGGCACCUGCGACUCGGCGACGGGCCACUGCCACUGCAGCCCGGGCUACACAGGGGAACGGUGCCAGGAUGAGUGCCCAGUGGGGAGCUACGGGCUGCUUUGUGCAGAGACCUGCAAAUGUGUGAAUGGUGGGAAGUGCUACCACAUCAGUGGUGCCUGCCUCUGUGAGCCAGGGUACACCGGGCAGCACUGCGAAACCAGGCUCUGCCCCGAGGGAAUUUAUGGCCUCAAGUGUGAUAAAAAGUGUCCCUGCCACAUGCCCAACACCUGGAGCUGUCACCCCAUGUCUGGGGAAUGCUCCUGCAAGCCAGGCUGGUCUGGGCUGUACUGCAACGAGACGUGUUCCCCGGGCUUCUACGGGGAGUCGUGUCAGCAGAUCUGCAGCUGCCAGAACGGGGCUGACUGCGACAGCGUCACUGGGAAAUGCACCUGUGCCCCUGGAUUUAAGGGUGCAUCUUGUGGUACCCCUUGUCUCCCUGGGACAUAUGGAGUGAACUGCUCCUCCGUGUGCAGCUGCAAAAACGGGGCCACCUGUUCACCUGUGGAUGGCUCUUGUGCCUGCAAAGUAGGUUGGCAUGGUGUGGAUUGCUCCAUAAAUUGCCCCAGUGGCACGUGGGGACUGGGCUGUAACCUGACCUGCCAGUGUCUCAAUGGAGGGGCUUGCAAUGCUCUGGAUGGAACCUGUACCUGUGCCCCAGGAUGGAGGGGAGAGAAAUGUGAACUCCCUUGCCAGGACGGUACCUACGGCCUGGACUGCGCCGAGCGCUGUGACUGCAGCCAUGCAGACGGGUGCCACCCCACCACGGGCUACUGCCGCUGCCUCCCAGGAUGGUCAGGUAUUCACUGUGACAGUGUGUGUGCUGAGGGACAGUGGGGCCCAAAUUGCUCCUUGCCUUGUUACUGCAAAAAUGGAGCAUCCUGCUCUCCAGAUGAUGGGAUCUGUGAAUGUGCGCCAGGAUACAGAGGCACCACUUGCCAAAGAAUCUGCUCGCCAGGGUUCUACGGCCACCGCUGCAGCCAGACCUGCCCCCAGUGCGUGCACAGCAGUGGCCCCUGCCACCACAUCACUGGCCUGUGUGACUGCCUGCCUGGAUUCACAGGAGCCCUCUGCAAUGAAGUAUGUCCUAGUGGCAGAUUUGGGAAGAACUGCGCUGGAAUAUGCACCUGCACCAAUAAUGGGACUUGUAAUCCUAUUGAUAGAUCCUGUCAGUGCUACCCUGGAUGGAUUGGUAGUGACUGCUCUCAGCCUUGCCCACCUUCACACUGGGGACCAAACUGCAUCCACACGUGCAACUGCCACAAUGGAGCUUUCUGCAGUGCCUAUGAUGGGGAGUGCAAGUGCACCCCAGGCUGGACUGGCCUUUACUGCACACAGAGGUGUCCCCUGGGGUUUUUUGGGAAGGACUGUGCCUUGAUCUGCCAGUGCCAGAACGGAGCCGACUGCGACCACAUCAGCGGGCAGUGCACGUGCCGGACGGGCUUCAUGGGGCGGCACUGCGAGCACAAGUGUCCCCAGGGCACAUAUGGGUAUGGAUGCCGCCAGAUCUGUGACUGCCUGAACAACUCCACCUGUGACCACAUCACAGGGACCUGCUACUGCAGCCCAGGCUGGAAAGGAGCCAGGUGUGAUCAAGCUGGGGUAAUUAUAGUGGGAAACCUGAACAGCCUGAGCCGUACCAGCACUGCCCUCCCUACUGACUCCUACCAGAUAGGAGCCAUAGCUGGAAUCAUCAUUCUUGUGCUGGUUGUGCUCUUCCUGCUGGUGCUGUUCAUCAUUUACAGGCAGAAGCAGAAAGGGAAGGAGACACACAUGCCCACUGUGACCUACACCCCUGCUAUGAGGGUGAUCAAUGCAGAUUACACCAUUUCAGAAACCAUCCCUCAUACCAAUGGUGGAAAUGUCAACAGCCACUAUUUCUCUAACCCCAGUUACCAUACUCUGACUCAGUGCUCCAGCCCACCUCAUGUCACCAACAUGGAGAGACUGACCUUGGCAAAGGCAAAAACCAGCCAGCUGUUUGUGAACCUGAAGAAUAUGGAGCCUGGAAAACGAAGUGCUGUCAUGGACUACACAGGAACACUGCCAGCAGACUGGAAACACGGCGGCUACCUCAAUGAGCUUGGUGCUUUUGGACUUGAUAGGGGAUAUGUGGGGAAGUCCCUGAAAGAUCUGGUGAAGAACUCGGACUACAAUUUAAGUAAUUGCUCACUGAGCAGCUCUGAGAACCCCUAUGCCACUAUCAAAGACCCACCAGCUCUGGUGCCAAAGAGUUCAGAAUGUGGCUACGUGGAAAUGAAGUCCCCAGCACGUCGCGACUCCCCCUAUGCUGAGAUCGCCGGCUCUGCCACGGCCAGCAAGAACGUCUAUGAAGUUGAGCCCACGGUGAGCGUUGUCCAGGGCGCAUUCAGCAGUGGUGGCGGGCGCCUCGGCCAGGAUCCCUACGACCUCCCAAAAAACAGCCACAUUCCGUGCCACUAUGACCUGCUUCCCGUCAGAGAGAGCCCCACGCCCUCCACAGAGGGGGUCAGCAGCAAAUGACCCUGCAAGGAGCUGAUGCCUACAACCCUGGGACUCUCAAGGGGCAGAGUGGCACAGUCGUGCUCCUUCCUCUCUGGUUUACCAUCUCUCUUGGCUCCUGAUCUGUCCUGCAGAUAAAUGCUGUACCUUAAGCAGAAUCUCAGCACGAGGUCUGUAUUGCAUAUACAAGUGACAGAUGGACAAAUGCCACACUCUGGGGAUCCUGAUUCUUCUUUUUUUUUUUUUCUCAUGGCAGUAAAUUUUAUAGAAACAGGUAUGCAACACAUUUAUACUGUAAUAUACUGGCUUAAAAAAUAGUAGUUUGCAGAUUAGUCUUGAUAACAUCACAUUUUAGCGACUUCAAAUAUAGGCUUCAUGUCUGUCAUGUUCCAGAGUAGAAAUACUCCCAGGACAGUGCAAUUUACCAAAUACCACUUUGUACAGGUGAUCUGAUUCACCAGUUACUCACUAGUAGAAGGAAAACUGCCUUGCCAAAUUUUACCUUCCAUUCUUACCUUAAGUCAAGACAUAUUACAAGAAACAAGAUCUGAUGGGGAUAAGGAAGCACAAUGUUGCAGUUGUUUGGGAAAUCCACCAUCAGGCUUUUCUGUCCAUUACAGGUGGUGGAUGUACUUGGCUCGAAUAGUUCUGGAGAUAAAAUAAUUGCAUACAUCAAUAUUUACAUGAUGCUUCAAGAUCUCCUAGUACUGUAGACCCAGCACCAGUCUUCAACAAGUAUUUUGCUACAGUUCAGCUUCACAUGUUGCAAUUCUGACCACUAUUUCUGCCACACACAAAUAAUCCACAACAUAUCAGUUAUUACUUCAAAAAAGAUGUAAACUGAAUCAGUUUUUUUUUGUCACCAUGGACUGAUUAUGUAAGGAGUGGACAAAGGUGAUGACUUCUGUAAAUCUUAACUGCAAGGAAGGGUUUACAUUUUAUAAAAAGGUAGUAAUAAUGACUGUAAUAUAGGAUAAAGAUAGUCAAGUGUUCUUUUUUUUCUUUGAAAUAACUAAGUGAACUCUGUGCAUACUUGCUAAAAAGGCACCUUUUCUUUUUUUAUAGUUGAUAUAGGGAAAACACAUGCUUAAGCUGGUCUUUUGCAUUGCUAAUAAUGUGACACAUGUACCCCCCCCACCUUCAUUAACUUCUCUCUCCAUUUUUAUGCUGUGUGUCUGUGUUUUUAGUGAACUAGCUUGUAACUGAAAAAAUACUCUAGUGUGUGUGUGUCCAUUUCUUUUGCAUUUUUGCCAACUGGCCUUUUGUUUGUCCAGUUCAAGGGACCUCUGGGCAGAGCAAGAGGAUCAAAGUAAGAAUCCACAGUGAUGUCUAUUAGAGGUGAUUAAAAAAUACGUAACAGUUCAGAUUGAUUCAUUAAUUCAGGGGAAGAAAAUCAAGGUGUUUUUUUGUUGAGAAUGACAACAAGAACGCAGAAGAAAAGUAAAAUACAGUUCCUACUUAAAGUUUAGCUUAUGCUGCUGACCAUGUAGAUGGAGACUAUCUUUCCAAAACAGCCCCUUUUUCCAAAAGAGGCUUUCAGUCUUCCAAAAUAGUCUAUUACGAGCUGCACGAUUCAGUGGAAAUUAAACUCACCAAGGGAUGCAUCAGUUUGACAGAAUUUUCCCCAAACACGUCAGCUUGAAGAUAACACUGUUGCUGUAGACUAGGCACCCUCUUUCAGUGAAAAGAUACUUGUAGGAAGCUAAGGUGAGGUGCCAGCAUUUAACGUGACCUGGCAGUGCUUCUGAAGCACUUGUCCUGAGGGCUGGUGUGUCACUGACUAAUGGGGAGAAGGAUCCUGGCUAUUUUAUAGCUCCCUGGGCAUUUCUGCUACAUCCCUGAAGUAAAGAAUUCCAUUACCUUUGGAUUUGGAAAGUACAGAUAUUAGCUAGGAGAUUUCUAAGGCUGCUUGCCAUUUAAUCCCUGUCUAAGAUGAAGUAUUGAUUGGGUUUAUAUGCAUCUAGAUAAAAUGUAGAGCUACUGGUAUAUACAUUUUUUUUUGUAUUGUGUGAACCAGACUUUAAAAUAAAACUUUUCUUCUCUAAAGCCAUGAAGAGAAAAUGCUGCAUUUAACAACUGGGAGUUGACUAAAACUUGUUGCUGUUUUUGAAGACCACUAGGUAAAAUUAUCUUCAUCAUAUAAACAAUUCUUUUUAUAAGGAAAAGUGAAGAGCUAAAUAAAUGUUGUGAGGUUUUUUAAAUUUCCAGCAUGUCGCAUAUCGUCAAGUGAAAUAUUCAGUCAAAUAUUCAUGAAAAUAGAUAAGUUUACUGUCAUUUUACUUAUUGUGUGUGUUCUAAAUGUACACAUGACUGAGGUCUGCCUUCCUGCGUGUGGGUGAAACUCCUGCUGUGUAGUCAGCAGCAGCAAUGCCUGCAUAAAUCUGAGCUGGAUCUGCAGUAUAAGCAGGGCAAGCAAACGGCCUGUGAGUUUACUUCAGAGAAUGAUUCCUGGUGAGGUGGUCAGAACACUGAUUUCCUGGAGUGCACUCUGCUCUCGGCUUCAGAGAUCCCCAGCACCAUCCUCGUGACUGCCAGACAGCUCUGGGUGUAGAUCCCACUGUGGUCUUCACACAAUUCAAAUACUUCUGAAGGUGCAUUCUCUAGGGUGGAGGAGACUGAAGGGGUCAGGUGAUGGAGCGAUUUUAGCAAACACUCAGAGAACUGGCUUCACUUCACUACAGACAGGAAUGGAAAGGGAUGCCUUGCCUCUAUAUAUUCACAUUACAAUAGUGACAAAAUACAGCGUCGAAAAUGGAGGUAGCUCUCCCCUAGCAAUGUGUCACCAUUUUAAUAAAAGGCUGCACCGAGUUAAUACCUGACUUUAAAGUAGUGACUAUAAACUUUAGGCUUUAAAUAUUAUAGGCAUUAUUAAUUCAGGGCACUUAGAAGCAUAACGAAACCCUUAGCUUUCUGCUAUGUCCAAGAUUUUAAUCACAACACACUGUUACACAUAAAAUCUGUGCUUAUCUUGAUCUACUGAGGGAAUUUCCAUUAACUUUAAUUGGAGAUGCACAUGCAGAUUACAGGAAGGAAAAUUUAUUGUGCUCACACUUUCUGCUGAGACAAUCUGCAAGUUCAUACUGAAGUAAAGUUAGGGUGAAAUCAUAAGCAAGGACUGUGUUACACUAAAUAUAUUGGAUUUUCAAGUACACUAACAACAAUUUUUUAUCCAGUAUGUGUCCAAUUAGUAAAUCUUACACCGAAGCUCUAAAGUCCAGACAGAAGAUCAGAGCUAGUUUUGACAAAAAAUGCUUUAUAUUAAAGAUUGUAUAUACAGUAUCUGAAAUUAUUGAAAACAAAUGAGUGUAUGUUUAUUAAUUACUGCAGAGAAAACCUUGUCAUUUGAUACACUCAUCCUAGUGCUAUAGCACUGAAUAUAACUUUUCAGUAUUUUAGCCCACAAGAUUUCACUUUGAUACGAUCGAACUGUAUUAUAUUUUUAAAGAAAACCUAUCAAGUGUGCCUGGUUUUUUUUUUUUUUUUUUUCUUAGUUGCAAGAAAAAAAAGUGUUUUGUUGUGAAAACAUAAAUAUAUUUUCCAAAGAUGACUGAUGUUCAUCAUUCUCCCUUUCACUACCAUGUAUUUCACUUCACAUCCCUGUAGGUUAAUACAAUAAAGUUUCUAAUGAAAGAUGAGAAGUGCUUUGAUUUUUUUUUUUUACUCUGUUUUUCAUUUGCCUACAGGAGAUCUUGAAAUAGCACAGGAGAUGUAUGAAAUAUCAUUUUUGCUCUCAUGGUUUAAUCCAAGCUGGUAACUGAGUACAAUCUGGGUAGUUGCUCCUCUGGGGAGGAGUAGAGGAAACAAAACUCUGUGGGUUGAAAAAAGAACAGUUUAACAAAUGGAAGAAAAUCAAGUAAAUUACUAGUAUUGAUUGUAAUACUAAUACAGAAAAAUCCAUCAUAGGCAGCUGUUUCAGGGUUAAAAAGCUACAAUCCAGUAUUGUAAAGGUACAGUUCUACUUUCCAGGUUUUUCUGUGCAAAUCAGAGAAAUUCCUUCAGUAUUCCUUCAAUGCUGUUGAAAAGAGGGGUUUAAUCCUAAGUAAUUGACUUACAUUCAAACGGCCAUCUUAUUAAUAAAAAAGUAACAAAGAGAGAUCCUCAUUACCUACAUAGGGUAAAUGAUCAUUUGUGGGAGGGGACUUGGGAGAUAGUCCCCCUGAGAUUCCGUGGGAGGUUACCAACGUCUAACUUCCCGCCUCCCCUGAUUGUCAAUCUUUGGUUGUGCCUUCCCCUCAUCCCUGUCAAUCAUUAUGUAAACUAUUCCCCAGUUCUACAAAUUUCUUUGUUCUUUGUAACCCCGUGGGCUGCAGACAACCCGUUCCCGUCCAACACCACAGCUUCGGGGAAGCUUCGGCCUGAACGGGAACUGCAGCGCUUCCUCUCCCACUCAGAGGUCUUUUCCUUUCGACAGUGGUCCUAAGUGGGUGAGUUUUCUGGCUUGGCACCCGACCCUGUCCCUUCUAUCUUAUUUUCUUCCUUUGCCUCUCUGGGGAUUUUUAGUAGCAGUGAGAAUGGGCAAUCACCUUUCUCCUGCCCGGCGGGAUUUUUAUGUCCAUGUUAAGUCUACCCUUGUUUGGGGAAUGUUUCUUUUAAGAAAAGGAAAUUAAAGGCUUUUGUUAAUCUCAUUUUUGAUCAUUUUCCCGAUACUUCAGGGGAUGAUUUUUCUUCUGUUCUGUUUUGGGGAAAGGUUGGGAGGUUGUUAUAUGAUUUACAAGUUAAUGUGAACUUUAGGGUUGGACUUUUUUUCCUCUUUUUCAUUUGAUUUUUACUUUAUUUAAACAAAAGGGGGAGAGUUGGGUCCCAGGUUCUCCUACCCCUCGUUCCGUCCCCCCCAUUCCUAACCCUGUUUCCCCUAAGGGCACGUCAAUGGUGUCAUUGUCGGGACCCGCCCCUCCAGUCCCCAUGGCCACACCCCUGGUGUUAUGAACAAGUUCAUUAGUUAAGUGUUAUGAACAAGUUAAAGGAAUUUAAAGUUAAAUGUGUUAAUUAAGAUUGUUAUUACCUGUUAAAUCCCCGUUGAUCUCCCUUAUAUCUCCCUAUGUUGUACCCCUUCACUGUACUUGUUAUCCAUGUUGUGACCACCGGGUAACACCUCCGCUGCUCCCCAAAAUGGCGACCGGAGCACCCCCAAGAAUAUGCAAAUUAAGGACUGUGACCAGAAACUCAGAAAAACCCCUAAAGAAAACAAGCCAAUUUAAGACCUGAACAACAAACGGACUUUGGCCAUCAGGAAGAAGUCCCUCUGCCUUACCAGCACUGCAGAAUCAACUCCGGAGCGUCGUCCUAACCUAAGUGGAGCCAACCGAGAGCAAAAACCCUAGUCAACGAGCCCAAAAGCGUCUUCCCAGGCACGCCCGCGAGGACGGAAGCCCCAGUUCUGCUGCACAGCAAAACUGACUACCUCCUCCUCUGCGUCGCCGAAGGGAGCAGCGGCGGUGUGCGCGACCCCUCGAGCCCCCACCCAGAGCUGGUCACUCUAAUAAAGGCGUUAAAAAGGAGGUCAUCUCCUUGCCCAUUCAUGACAGCUUGGUGCAUUGGCCGGGAAAGCCACACCUGAAGAGGACGCCAGGAUUGGGAUGGCUGCCCACCCUGGACCUCCAGGAUCGCUGGCUAUCCGGACGGAGGAGAGGACCAGCCCGGGCACGACGACGCAGAGGAGCGCUGGAGGGUGAGAAUCCCGGUGGCGGGCGAAGGAGGCGUGGGAGUGGUGUGUGAGUGAGACGAGGGCUGGCAGCCCGGACUCUCGAGGCGAGAGGGACCCCUAGUACCGCGGUUUCGGACUCCCGCGAGGGGGCCGGCCGGGAACGGGGGGAAGCGAAAGAGACUGGUGAGAAAGAGGCGUCUCCUGGGGUUAAUAAGGGCCCCCCCGGGCGUGCAGGGGAUAGCCAGGUGUGAGUGGCACGCAGCAGGGCUAGGUCUCCCUAGCGGUCUGGGUGGGUCCGGGCGUGGGGAAUACCCAGACGGUGUGUGAGUCCCACGCAUUCACUGGGUGCCCCCAGGCACUGCCGGCACCGAGCGCUCACGAGGGCCCUUGCUUCCCAGGGCCGGGACAGACGUGCCGUAGGUGGUGCGCUGCCGCGGUCUCAGGGAGGGGACCGUAAACCCACAGCCGAGAGCACCGGGGUGGGGAGUCGGAAGGGCAAGGCCAGGCACCACACAUUCCGCACACAUCCCUUUCGCCAAGGCUAUUCCGCUGGGGAGGGGAAGCCAAGCCGGACCGGUGGACGGCAAAGGGGUCGGGCCCCGCUUGGGUUGAUCUCAGUGUUUUUGGGGGGAAAGGAUACCCCCGGGUAACCCUACGGAGUCUCCUGGACCCUUCCUACCUCCGUUCAAAAAAUUUAGGAAGGAACGGUAUUAGAACAGGGCAGUUUAGCCCGGGGCAGCGGACUAAAGGCGUCCGGCCUGGCGGGAGGCUAGACUAGGGGAGGUCCUGGUGCCGGCAGAGAGGCUUCUAAUACCGUGUACCCUGGUUGGUGUCGAAAAGUGUGCUCAGGAGUCUCUAGGGUAGAGGCGAGGCACGGGGGUACAAUUAGGGGGUCGAAUCACUAGGAUAGGCCCUGGUGUCGGGCUGUCUUAGGGGAGGCCUAGGAAGUCGAUACCAAAAGUGUGAGUGUGGAGAUCUGCCCGGGUGGAGAAAGUGUGUGUGGAUCCCGUUUUUUUUAUUCCCUGGAGUGAAAGGGAGGUGCGAAAGAGGUCUGUGAGGGAUUAAGUUGCACUGAGGGGGGAAAAGGCUUACGUUGAAGUUAAUCAGUUUUAGUUCAGAAAGUGUUUGUUUGGUUGUAGAUUUGUGUUGCCCAUCUGUAACUUUCCUUUCGGGUAGGGGCACCUUUGAGGGGAUUUAAGUUGUUGAUUUGAAAUGGGACAGUGUGCGAGCAGGAGAGGAAGCCCCUUGUGGGGAAAAAGAAGAUAAAAAGCCUUCCCAUAGAGAGUCCACUAGGACAGUUAUUGAGUAAUUGGGAGUCUCAGGAAGCCACCAAAUCCCUAGACCAAGUAAAAAUGAUUUAUUUUUGCACAGAGAUUUGGCCAAAGUUAAAAUUACAGGGCAGGUGGCCGUGGUAUGGAACAAAUGAUCCAUGGAUUUGUUCCCAAUUACAUCAUUAUUUAAAAACACAAGAGACUCCCGACAUCGAGCAGAUAGAAUAUGCUGCUUGUUGGUUGAAAGCUAUGAGUAAAGAGAGUGUGAAGAUCCAUAAACUAAAAAGGAAAGAGGAAGAUAAGGAGGAACAUGGGGACACGCAAACCACUCCUAAGACCUGGGAUCCCCUUGAUCAUUUGCCACCUCCUCCUCCUCCAAUAUACCCAGCCCUGAAUCCUAACCCUCUACAGGCUCCCCCAGCAAUAAUCCCACUACCACCCCCUCCUAAUAUUUAUAUACAAGACCCAAACCAGUCCCGAUUUCCCCAGCCCCUAUCUCGACUCCUUCCACAACACCCCUCUCCGCCCCAAUACCUUUGUCUAAUUUUCCAGCAUACAAUUCGGCUUCUAAUUUGGCUUCUCCCCCAAACAAUCUCUCUCCGCCAACCAUAUCUCAGAUUCCACCUACUCCUGGUGUUUCUAACCCUAAACCAGAACCUCCCCCUAUCCCUGUAGUAACUUUUCCAACUUCCCCUAGCUCGGCAACACCCCAAAAUUUAGCCUUACACCCCAGUCCCACGAAUUUACACUCUUCUCCCUCACCUGCGUCCAUCCCUUUACCACCUUCUAAUUGGGACCUGAGUUCAUCGUCCCCUCCUGUUAGUGACCACCAUGACCCUACAGUCCAGGCAUCCCCCCAAACUGAUAACAGUAUGAAAGGCCCUUGGUGCAAUACUCGGUCAAGAACCACAAAACUGGAAAAAAUGAUGCCACUCAGGGAGGUUCCAAUGGGUGGAAUGAUGGGAGGGGUAGGAUUUGUAAACGCUCCACUUACUGCCUCGGAAGUCAGGAAUUUUAAGAAAGAGUUGGGGAGCUUGGUGGAGGAUCCAGUAGGGAUCUCAAACCAGGUGGACCAGUUUCUUGGACCUAACAUCUACACCUGGGGGGAGUUUAAUUCCAUACUGAAUAUUUUAUUCUGCCCUGAAGAAGUGAGGAUGAUUCGGGCAGCAGGAAUACGAAUUUGGGAGAGGGAGAAUAGGAUGGGGCCCCCUGGAGAUUUAAAAAUGCCCUUGGUAGACCCGGGGUGGGCCCCCAAUAGGGAAGAAGGCAGCAGAAAUAUGAGGGGUUAUAGGUCCUUAAUAAUCAAAGGUAUAAAGGAGUCGGUUCCCUGAAGCAGUAACACCAAAUUAGCUUUCGAGGGGACCCAGGAAAAAGAUGAGACCCCUGCAAAUUGGCUGAAUAGAUUGAGAAGGAAUUUUCAGCUAUAUUCCAACAUAGAUUCUGAUAGCCCAGAAGGACAAGUGCUUUUAAAAGUGCAGUUUGUGACAAAGUCUUGGCCAUAUAUAAGGAGAAAAUUAACAUGGGAGGUUCACAGACAUGGAAAAGUAAAAUAUGGACCCCAGAGGAAAUUAUUCAAACCUAUGGGCCAGCUACAUGGGUUCAGGAUGGGUCCUGGGGAUACCGUACCCCCAUUUAUAUGCUUAAUAGGAUAAUCAGACUCCAAGCAGUACUAGAAACUGUAUCAAAUCGAACAGCAUUGGCAUUUGAACAUGUAGGUGACCAAUUAUCACAAACAAGGGCAGUAAUCUAUCAAAUCAGAUUGGCAGUAGUCUAUUUAUUGGCAGAUGAGGGAGGUAUAUGUGGAAAGUUUAAUUCAUCAGAGCGCUGCUUGGAGAUUGAUGACAAAACUGCAGUAAUUAAAAAUAUAUCAAAAGAAAUUCGUAAAUUGACCUAUGUUGGAACUCAAGAGUGGACACCUUUAAUAAGUGACAACUGGUGGGACGAAUUCUGGUCUUUCAAGGGAACAUGGUGGAAAAAGGCUGCAUUUAUUACAAUCUGUGCAAUAUCAGGAUUAUUACUUUUACCCUGUAUAAUCCCCUGUUUAAUCCGGGCUGUGACUUCAACUGUUGGGGCAGGUAUGCAACUUUCUGAAGGGUCUACCCAGAAACCAACUAAAAUGAUGUUGAUGAAAAAUCAGGGGCAGAACCAUGAGAAUGCCAGAGAAAUUUAUAAUAAAUUUCAGAGACUCAGAAAAGUUUAUUUUCAGGAGCCAGAAACAGCAAAUUGAUGCGGGCAUAAGCCCGAUCAAAGAAAUAGAGGGGGGAGUUGUUAUGAAUAAGUUCAUUAGUUAAGUGUUAUGAACAAGUUAAAGGAAUUUAAAGUUAAAUGUGUUAAUUAAGAUUGUUAUUACCUGUUAAAUCCCCGUUGAUGUCUCCCUUAUAUCUCCCUAUGUUGUGCCCCUUCACUGUACUUGUUAUCCAUGUUGCGACCACCGGGUAACACCUCCGCUGCUCCCCAAAAUGGCGACCGGAGCACCCCCAAGAAUAUGCAAAUUAAGGACUGUGACCAGAAACUCAGAAAAACCCCUAAAGAAAACAAGCCAACUUAAGACCUGAACAACAAACGGACAUUGGCCAUCGGGAAGAAGUCCCUCUGCCUUACCAGCGCUGCAGAAUCAACUCCGGAGCGUCGUCCUAACCUAAGUGGAGCCAACCGAGAGCAAAAACCCUAGUCAACGAGCCCAAAAGCGUCUUCGCAGGCACGCCCGUGAGGACGGAAGCCCCAGUUCUGCUGCACAGCAAAACUGACUACCUCCUCCUCUGCCUCGCCGAAGGGAGCAGCGGCGGUGUGCGCGACCCCUCGGGCCCCCACCCAGAGCUGGUCUGUGGUGGUGCGUUAUUUUAUGUCUUACUGGCGUUACGGUUGUACGGGUCAGUUUUCCUGUUUUUGUUCAAUUUUAUAGUUAGUAUGUUCUAUGUACCCCCCUCUCCCUUUUCCCUAUUGGUAUGGCCCCAACCCUUCCCGCCUUUCCCCUUGUCCGUCACCAGACCACUCCCAGUCACCCCACCAAACCACUCCCUCGUCUCCACCCAGGAGCCCUGCCAAUCACCCAGCGCCCCGCCCCGAGAUCCAGAAACUUCCAUCCAGGGCGUCGAGUGAUUGGUGAAGGCCCAGGGCCCCUCCCGUUCUAUUGUUCCAUUGGCCCCUUACCUCGGACCCCUCCCCAGGGAGCCACCCACACCUUUUCCCUAUUGGUCCCAGUUCUCUCCGCCCCCACUCUAUAUAAUCCUGUGUCAGGUAGUUUCUCUUCGCCUUCCUUGGUUGGCACUCAAGCGUUAGUUGGAUCCUAGUUCGUUUCUUCCUCACCCUGAGGGAAAUAAAAGGAUCGUUCUGCCCCCAAA